AUGCCCCGAAAUACAACGGAAUGUCACGAAACGCCACGGAAUACUACGAAACGUCAAGUCAUGCCACGAAACACAACGGAAUGCCACGAAGCACCACGAAAUGCCACGAAACACUACGGAAUGCCACGAAUCACCACGAAAUGCCACGAAGCACCACAGAAUGCCACGAAACACUACGGAAUGCCACGUACUGCCACGGAAAGCCAGGAAACGCCACGAAUGCCACGAAACACCACAGAACGCCACGAAACGCCUCGGAAUGCCAUGAAACGCCAGGAAACAACAAUUUUCUAUUUAUAUCUAUCUAUCUAUCUAUCUAUCUAUCUAUCUAUCUAUCUAUCUAUCUUAGUCCGUUCAUAUCUAUCUAUCUAUCUUAGUCCGUUCAUAUCUAUCUAUCUAUCUUAUCCGUUCAUAUCUAUCUAUUUUAGUCCGUUCAUAUCUAUCUAUCUUAUCCGUUCAUAUCUAUCUAUCUAUCUAUCUAUCUAUCUAUAUAUAUAUAUAUAUAUAUAUAUAUAUAUAUAUAUAUAUCCUAGUCUGUUCAUAUCUAUCUAUCUAUCUAUCUAUCUAUUUAUCUAUUCUAGUCCGUUCAUAUCUAUCUAUCUAUCUAUCUAG